AAAAAAAAACUCACAUCAAUGGCGCUUUCCAAGCUCUCAUUUCUCAACCACCUCGCCAAAACCCUAACGAAACCCCACCGUUUCCAGUCCCACGCGCCACCAUCCACCUUCAUCCCCGUCCGCCUCUUCUCCUUCGCUACCCCGGAGGAGGCCGCCGCCGAGCGCCGAAAACGCAAACGCCGCCUCCGCAUCGAGCCCCCGCUCUCCGCCCUUCGCCACAACCAACACCAACAGCAGCAACAACAGCCACCCCGUCCUUCUCCAUCCUCGGCCCCGCAAAACCCUAACGCCCCCAAAAUUCCCGAACCCGUCUCCGCACUCUCCGGCAACCGCCUCAAUCUCCACAACCGCAUACUCAAGCUCAUCCGCGAGAAUGAUCUCGAAGAGGCGGCGCUCCUCACGCGCCACUCCAUUUACUCCAAUUGCCGCCCCACCAUCUACACCUGCAAUGCAGUUAUGGCCGCGCAGCUACGGCAAUCCAAAUACGCCGAGCUCCUCUCCCUCCACAGGUUCAUCACACAAGCCGGCGUUGCUGCCAAUGUCGUAACCCACAAUCUCCUCCUCACUGUUUAUCUCGAUUGCCGGAAAACGGAUUUAGCCCUAGAGCAAUACAAGCAGCUAAUUAGCGAUGCCCCCUUUAACCCCUCCCCCACUACUUACCGCAUCCUAAUUAAAGGGUUAGUCGAUAAUCAGCAAAUUGAAAAAGCCCUCGAACUUAAGGAGGAGAUGGCGACAAAGGGUUUCAAACCAGAUCCCACAAUCUAUUCAUAUUUGAUGUUGGGGCAAGCAAAGAAUUCGAAUGCUGAAGGAAUUUUUGAGCUGUAUGAGGAAUUGAAGGAGAAAAUGGGGACCGAAGAUAUUUUAGAUGGGGUGAUUUAUGGGAAUUUGAUGAAAGGGUAUUUCUUGAAAGGAAUGGAAACAGAGGCAAUGGAGUUGUAUAAUAAGGUUCUCGGUGAAGGUUCGAACAUUAGCAUGAGUGCUGUUGCAUAUAACUAUGUCUUAGAGGCAUUGAGCAAGAAUGGCAAGUUUGAGGAGGCGUUGAAUUUGUUUGAGAGGAUUAAAAACGAGCACGACCCUCCCAAGAAAUUGAGUGUGAAUUUGGGGAGUUAUAAUAUUGUAGUAGAUGGGUAUUGUGCGAAUAAGAAAUUCAGCGAUGCCAUUGAAGUAUUCAAUAGUAUGGGUGAUAAAAGGUGCAGUCCCGAUACUUUAUCGUACAACGUGUUGAUUGAUCAGUUAUGCAACAACGACAAGUUGGCUGAGGCAGAGGAGCUCUACAAGGGGAUGGCUGAUAAGAAGGUAAGUCCAGACGAGUACACCUUUGUAACCCUAAUGGAUGCUUGCUUUAAGGAGAAUAGGCCAGAUGAUGCAGCUCAAUACUUUAGGACAAUGGUCGAGUCCAAGUUGAGGCCAAACUUAGGUGUCUAUAACAGGGCGGUGGAGGGUUUGGUUAAAGUUGGAAAAGUUGACGAGGCAAAGUCAUUCUUUGAUUUGAUGGUGCCGAAGCUAAGGAUGAAUGAUGAUGCGUACAAGUUUAUAAUGAGUGCAUUGUUUGAGAAUGGAAAACACGAUGAAGUGAUGAAGAUUGUUGAUGGUAUGUUGAGGGAGGAUCCAAACGACUUCACCGAUGAGGUGGAGGAAUUUGUUAGAGAAGGGCUGAGGAAGGUAGGGAGAGAAGACGAGGUCACGAAUCUUAAACUGGAUAUAGAGAGAGAAAAAGCAGAAGCUGCUGCUAAAGUUGCUGAAGAAGCGGAGAGAGCUAAGGCCAGUGCUAGGGCUGCAGUUGCUUCUCUUUUGCCAUCGAAGCUUUUGGGGAACAAAGAUAGUGAGAUUAAGGAUGGUGAAGAGGAGUCAGUGGAGGCUGCCAUCGGUGAUGAUGUAGCAGAAGAAGAAUCGCUGGAGAAGGCGACGGUGUAAGUUACGCAGUCUUUGAUGAUGUGCAGCCACUUGAUGUGUACUUUUUUCGAUUAUGUUAUGAAUGCGGUUUCAAGUCUUGGAAUGAAGAGAAUAAUCUGUUUCGAA